AUGGACAGUGCUAGUGCCGACAUCACGGCAAAGAUCCAGGGCCUUGGUGACCUAGAACUCGCCGUUAUAGUUUGUCUCAUCACCGAUCAACACUGCAUAAUCCGCACUGAGAAGAACUUGGAGCAUGCUCUUGACCAGGAGCUGCGGCUCGUGUCUAACCAAGUCUUUGGACUAUCCUAUGUGGUGCUCGAUUGCUCCGAGAAUACUACUCUCGACGAAUUCGUCAAUGGCGUCCUUGUAGAUGACCCAAAGGGACCCCAGGGCUAUGCUCUGGAGCAGCUUGGAGAAGAUGUUAGAGCUCCAUUCGAACCAUGUUUUACCACAGGCCUUCUACACGAGAAACGCUCUACGCCUGAUGUUGACCAUGGGUCUGAUGGACGAGGAAUUGCGAACGUGGUUAUUGCCAAAAACUUGAAUGCGGCAGACCAUCAGGUUCAGAUACAGGCUCUUGAGCUCAUCCGUAAUAGGAGUGUUACUACGAGGAGGUCCGUUUAUGAGGCGCCAAAACACUUCCUCUUCAUCGCUCUCCUUUCAUCUGAGCCGGAGGCAAGGCUCACCGUCCAUCUGAACGACCACUUCAGCAUCUCACAUAUCCACGCCACCGAGGACGGGUUGCCGAACCUGGAGCAGCAUAUGAGCAACCGAACCACAAGCGACAACGCAUCAUUGUCUUCUGUCCUUCACAGUUUACCAGAGGCAGGUGGGCCUUUGGCGUAUUCUAGGCCAUCAAAAGAGCCGUUCGUCUCGGCUGAGGACACCGAAGCACUGAAAUCUGCCGCGGCAACUGUCCGUGUAAGUCCUGAAGUGCGUGCAUAUCUCCACAACAUCGUCGUCUUCAUGCGGAUGCACCGUGCGAUCGCCGGAGGUAUCUCUGCGAUUGCUACAAGGCACUUCCACCAGUUAGUAAAGGCUCUUGCGCCAUUGCACGAUCUCUCAUACGUGCCGCCAUCGCUGGUUGCGCUUGCGACUCGCAAGGUUUAUCCGCAUAGGAUACUUAUCACGACGCCGGAGAAUGAGCGCAGUAUGCAGUGGGGGAGUGACAUCAGAGCUGUGAGGGAGAUGCUGGAAGGGAUGACGGUCGAGGAUAUUAUUGAGGAUGUUUUGACGCAGGUCGAAGUGCCUCUAUGA